GACGGCUGGGCCGGCUGGCCAGCCGGGUUUGUAAGUGUCAGAGGUCGCUGUGCUGCCUCACAGCCGGGCGCUCGGGGAGAUGGACGGCUAGAGCCCUCGGCCCUCCGCCUCCUCUUCGCCGCCAGCAUGUUCGGCCGCUCCCGCAGCUGGGUGGGCGGUGGGCACGGUAAGGCCGCCCGCAGCAUCCACUCCUUGGACCAUCUCAAGUAUAUGUAUCAUGUUUUGACCAAAAAUACCACAGUAACGGAUCACAACCGCAAUCUGUUAGUGGAGACUAUUCGUUCUAUAACUGAGAUCCUUAUAUGGGGAGAUCAGAAUGACAGCUCCGUGUUUGACUUUUUCUUAGAGAAGAACAUGUUUGUUUUCUUCUUGAACAUCCUACGUCAGAAAUCUGGUCGUUAUGUAUGUGUACAGCUGCUACAGACCUUGAACAUCCUCUUUGAAAAUAUUAGUCACGAGACAUCACUCUAUUAUUUGCUCUCUAAUAACUAUGUAAAUUCUAUCAUUGUCCACAAAUUUGACUUUUCUGAUGAGGAGAUCAUGGCAUAUUAUAUCUCAUUUCUGAAAACACUUUCCCUGAAACUCAACAAUCACACUGUACACUUUUUUUACAAUGAGCACACUAAUGAUUUUGCCUUGUAUACGGAGGCCAUUAAAUUUUUUAACCACCCAGAGAGCAUGGUCAGAAUUGCUGUCAGGACUAUAACUUUAAAUGUCUACAAAGUGGACAACCAGCCUAUGUUGCACUACAUUCGAGAUAAAACUGCUGUCCCCUACUUCUCCAACCUUGUUUGGUUUAUUGGGAGCCAUGUGAUAGAACUGGAUAACUGUGUGCAGACUGAUGAAGAGCACAGAAAUAGAGGCAAACUGAGUGAUUUGGUAGCAGAACAUCUGGAUCAUUUACAUUAUCUUAAUGAUAUCCUUAUCAUUAAUUGUGAAUUCUUAAAUGAUGUGCUCACAGACCACCUACUUAAUAGGCUGUUUCUGCCUCUCUAUGUGUAUUCAUUAGUAAAUCAAGAUAAGGGUGGGGAGCGUCCAAAAAUAAGUCUGCAAGUUUCUCUCUAUCUUCUCUCACAAGUUUUCCUGAUUAUACAUUAUGCACCUCUGGUGAACUCACUGGCUGAGGUUAUUCUUAAUGGGGACCUUUCAGUAUUCUCCUCAAAAGUUGAGCAAGAUAUCCAGCGAAGUUCAGCAAAAUCAAGCAUCAGAUGCUUCAUAAAACCUACGGAGACACUGGAGAGAUCUCUUGAAAUUAACAAGCAUAAGGGAAAGAAGAGGUUGCAAAAAAGACCCAACUAUAAAAAUGUUGGUGAAGAGGAGGAAGAAGAGAGAGGACUUGAGAAUACCCAAGAAGAUCCAGAUAAGGCUAAAGGUACAGAGGGUAGUUCAAAAGGCAUCAAGGCAAGUGGGGAAAAUGAAGAAAUAGAGAUGGUAAUCAUGGAGCGGUGUAAGAUGUCAGAACUAUCUAUCUCAGCGGUGACAGAGCAGAAUACAACUGAUGAAGAAAAGAGUGCUGCUGCCUCUGGGAGUGAAAUGACAAACUGGAGCAGGCCUUUUCUCGAUAUGGUAUAUAAUGCACAGGACUGUGCUGAAGAUGAUUACUAUGCUCUCUUUGUACUUUGUCUUCUGUAUGCAAUGUCUCAAAAUAAAGGAAUUGACCCAGUCAAGCUGGAGAGAAUUCAUCUUCCAGCCCAGCAUGCUGAGGAGAAAAGCUCAUACAACCAUGUGCUUGCAGAGAGGCUCAUCAGGAUAAUGAAUUAUGCUGCUCAACCAGAUGGAAAAGUUCGUCUGGCAACACUGGAACUGGGCUGUCUAUUACUAAAGCAGCUGGUAUUAUCUAAAAGUGGCAGUAUUAUAAAAGAUGUUCACCUUGCUUGCCUUGAGGGUGCAAGAGAAGAGAGUGUUCAUCUUCUGCGGCGCUUCUAUAAGGGAGAAGAGAUUUUUCUGGAUAUGUUUGAAGAUGAAUACAGGAGUAUGACAAGUAAGCCCAUGAAUGUGGAGUACUUGAUGAUGGAUGCCUCCAUUCUGCUCCCACCAACGGGGACACCACUAACUGGUAUUGAUUUUGUGAAGAGACUGCCAUGUGGAGAUGUGGAAAGAACACGAAGAGCAAUCAGAGUUUUCUUCAUGCUCCGUUCACUGUCAUUGCAUUUGCGAGACGAGCCAGAAACUCAGUUGCCAUUGACAAGGGAGGAGGAUCUAAUAAAAACAGAUGAUGUUCUUGACUUGAAUAACAGCGAUUUAAUUGCUUGUACAGUGAUUACAAAAGAUGGAGGUCAGGUCCAGAGAUUUCUGGCUGUGGAUAUUUACCAGAUGAGUUUAGUUGAGCCAGAUGUUGCCAGACUGGGCUGGGGAGUUGUUAAAUUUGCAGGCCUUUUGCAGGAUAUGCAGGUAACUGGAGUAGAAGAUGACAGCAGAGCUCUGAAUAUAAUAAUUCACAAACCUGCAUCUAGUCCGCAUUCUAAGCCCUUCCCCAUUCUUCAAGCCACGUUUAUUUUUUCUGAUCACAUUCGCUGUAUCAUUGCGAAGCAGCGUUUGGCAAAGGGCCGUAUCCAAGCUCGACGUAUGAAAAUGCAGAGAAUUGCGGCUCUCCUGGAUCUUCCCGUCCAGCCUUCAACUGAAGUGAUGGGUUUUGGACACAGCUCUGCAGCACAGCACCUGCCAUUUAGAUUUUACGACCAGUCACGGCGUGGCAGCUGUGACCCUGCUGUACAGCGAUCUGUUUUUGCAUCUGUUGACAAAGUCCCAGGUUUUGCAGUAGCCCAGUGUAUAAACCAGCCCAAUCCAUCACCGCUUUCAUCGCCGUCUCCUUCUUCCAGUGGCAGUGGGAGUACUGGACACUGUGAUUCAGUUACUGCCAGCUCCACUUCCACUCCUUCUGCAGCAAACAGUCCGUCAGGUCUGGCAGGAAAGGACGACGGCGGGUGUUUAGUCUGUCGGAGGCUGACAGUCACGGUGGACACUGGGUUUAGGUCUUCAAGCAGCAGCUGCAACCGCAACUCGUGCAAAAGCAAUGCAGUAGAUGACUCUUCAGCUCCUGAACAACCUCCCAUGAUCUUUUCCAGUCAGAUGAUGUUGGUGGAUGAAACCUCUUCAGCUGCCUCAAAAUCUGGCAAGAACCCUGUAAAGAACCCUGAAGUGGAAACAGCUAACCUAUGCCCUAGCCUGAUUCCUGCACAACAGCCUACGAUAUCUCUAAUCUCCGAUGACAAUGCAGAUGCACUGAGCGUAGAGUCACUCACACUGGUCCCACCGAUUGAUCCACACAGCAUUCAUACUUUCAGCUGCAUUCCUCAGUCUUCCUUGCCGUCUGAAGUUUGCGGAGUGACAGAGGGAGAGGGUUCUGAUCAAAGUCAACAAGCAGACUAUGAUGAACAGUGAAGAAAAUGCAACUAACUGCUCUGUAUUUUCUUUUAAGUGAGGUGAUGGGGGCAUUAAUAAAGCCACAAAGGCCAGUUGGCUCACGGGAAAGAGGCCAAUUACUCAGUAACUCAAUGUAUGGGCACUCUUUAAAAUCAACAUUAUACAUUCAGCAUUUUUGAAGGAAAUCUCUAUUGUAAUAUGGGAAAAUGAAGAAGCUUUGUUGGGCUGCCGGGGCUUCAUAAUGUUUUACUUUUCCAAAUACAGAGAGACAGCAUUUGCCAGGAAAAGGAAAUAUUUUAGGAUAUUAUAGUACAGAGAUGCUGUUUCCAUUUGAAACAGUUUUUUUUUCCUCUUCUGUUGGUCUCAUUCAGCUUUUAGAGGUAUGGCAUAAAGACUGACUUGGCCACUUUCAGUAUUGUAUUUGUAGGAUUGUAAGCUUUAAUAUUGUAUCCUCUGUGUAAUAUUUAUUUCAGUGUUUGGCUCAAGGCAACAUAAAUAUCAAGGAAAGAAUUUUUUUAUUAAAAUGAAACAAAUCCCUGAUAUAACAAUCAAAGGCUUAUUCAGGUUAAUAUAAGAUGAGUUUUUGAGAGGCAUGUUAUAUAGUUUUUUGCAUAACCAAUACAGAGGAAUGUGAAGUAAUUUAAAAUCCUGAUCUACUUUUUCUUAAGUGAUUGUUUUAGUCUGUCAGUUCACUUCUGACAGAGGUAAAUUGCGCCAUCUGAGGGAUGGCAAAAUCCCUUCUGCAGAAGGACACUCUCUCUUCUUUAGAAACAGCCACAAGAGCUUGUGCUACAUACAAGUUUUCAUCUCCAAUGUAUCCAGGAAGGCACCUUACCCAGCUGAUGGUAUCUCACUUUAGAAGGAUGAAACUCAAAAGGGAAUUUUUCUAUCUGGAACCAGCUAACCCUGACGUUAACCAGAUUAAACUUCUCAGUGAAUGUCA